GCCCCGACCCCGAUUCCCUUCCCCACUUCUUCUUCCCCUCCCUUGUUCCUUCCUCCCUCCCUCCCUCUCUUCCCCCACGCCCACGCACGCGCCCGGUACCACCCCUUUCCCCGGCCCCGCCCGUUCUCUCUCGCCUCGGAUCGACGGAUCGAGACCUGGCGCGGCGGCGGACGGGCGCGCGGAGAUGGAGGUGGUGGACCACGCGGAGCGCGACCUCGCGCGGCGCCGGUGCCGCGAGUACCUGCUCGCGCUCGAGGAGGAGCGUCGCAAGAUCCAGGUGUUCCAGCGGGAGCUCCCGCUCUGCUUCGACCUCGUCACCCAGACUAUUGAGGGGAUGAGGAGCCAGAUGGACGGCGUUGGCAGCGAGGAGACGGUGAGCGACCAUGGCCCGCCGCCGGUGCUCGAGGAGUUCAUCCCGCUCAAGCCCAGCCUCUCGCUGUCCUCCUCCGAGGAGGAGAGCAACCACGCCGCCUCCGACAAGGCCGGCAAGGAGGAGGGGGCUCAGACGUCUGAGAGGCAUUCGUCACCGCAGACGCUGCCGGAGGCCAAGAGGGUGACGCCGGACUGGCUCCAGUCCGUGCAGUUAUGGAGCCAACAACCCCAGCAGCCAUCAUCUCCUAGUCAAACACCUGCCAAGGAUCUACCGUGCAAGCCGGUGGCGCUGAACGCCAGGAAAACCGGCGGAGCGUUCCAGCCCUUCGAGAAGGAGAAGCGCGCCGAGCUGCCGGCGUCGUCAACCACUGCCGCGGCGAGUUCGACCGUGGUCGGAGACAGCGGCGACAAGCCCGCCGAUGACACGGACAAACCCAGGGAGACGGACAACGACGGCAUGGAUGGCAAGGACAAGGACAAAGAAAAGGAAAGCCAGUCGCAGCCUCACCGGAAGCCUCGCCGGUGCUGGGCGCCGGAGCUCCACCGCCGCUUCCUGCAAGCACUGCAGCAGCUGGGCGGGUCCCAUGUGGCGACGCCCAAGCAGAUCCGGGAGCUCAUGAAGGUGGAUGGCCUCACAAACGACGAGGUCAAGAGCCAUUUGCAGAAGUAUCGUCUACACACGAGACGGCCGAGCUCGACGGGACAGAGCAGCGCAGCCGCCGGCGUCGCCGCCCCGCCCGCCCCGCAGUUCGUCGUCGUCGGGAGCAUCUGGGUGCCCCCGCCGGAAUACGCCGCCGCUGCGGCUGCACAGCAGCAGCAGGUGCAGCUGGCCGCCGCCGAUGCGUCAGUGAGCGCGAACCCCGUGUACGCUCCGGUGGCGAUGCUGGCGCCAGGCUUGCAGCCGCAUUCGCAUCGGGAACAGCGGCAGCAGCAAGGGCAGAGACAUUCCGGCUCGGAAGGGAGCGGGGACACCGGCGGCGGCAGUUCAUCCUCCCCGGCGGUGUCGUCGUCGUCGUAGACCACCUCCGCUUGGUUACUGUAGAUUCGUCGAUUACAUGUACGUACGUACGAGAGUGCAUCACAUGUGAGUUUAGCUUGAUUUCUUGCAGGCUUGCAGCUAGCUAGCUUAAUUAAGGCUUACUUACUGAUUGAUUCGUGAUCCAUUUUGUUUACGUGAUCAGAAUUGCGAUACACAUAUAUACGUCACCUUGCUGUCUGGUGGGUAAAAAAUACAUAAUAAAAUACUCCUGCAUUUAGGACAUACUAAUAUUAGAGAAAAGCCAUGGACAUUAUUCUCCUGAAAUAUAUUCAUUUCUGCGUGCUAAUUGAUUACUAAUAAAAAUUUACAGCCGCUUGCCUGCU